ACUUUUCUAAACUCAUUGAAAAAUGGAACAUUCCCUCCUUACGCAUUCCCUCCUCUCUGGCUGGUUUAAAUUGCUUCCUUCCCGUUCUUUCAAGAACAGCACCAAAGAUCUUCACUUUAGUUAAGGAUUAGAGUUUCCGAUCAUGAAAUUCACAUUCGCUGCGACGUUGCUGGCCCUGUCGGUUCUAGGGAUUGCCACGGGCGGAUGCCAGUGCAAGGUCGUGCAGUUCAUAUUCGGCGAUUCCCUCUCGGAUGUUGGGAACAAUGACUACCUCUCGAAGGGACUCGCCAAGGCGAACCUGCCGUGGUACGGCAUCGAUUUUGGCAAUGGAAUGCCCAACGGGCGGUUCUGUAAUGGCCGCACCGUUGCUGAUAUAAUCGGUGAUAAGAUGGGUCUUCCGAGGCCUCCCGCAUUCCUCGACCCAUCCUUAACCGAGGACAUGAUAAUGCAGAAUGGCGUCAAUUAUGCCUCUGGAGGUGGAGGAAUCUUGAAUGAGACAGGGACUUACUUUAUUCAAAGGUUCUCUCUUUACAAGCAAAUCGAGCUGUUCCAAGGAACCAAAGAGCUGAUCAGAGAAAAGAUAGGUGACAAUGAAACGGAGAAGUUCUUUCAGCAAUCUCUCUAUGUGGUUGCUCUAGGAAGCAAUGACUUCAUCAACAAUUACUUGAUGCCUGUUUACAGUGACUCGUAUACAUAUAACGAUGACAGUUUUGUCACCUAUUUAACUGAAACUCUCCGAGCACAACUCACGUUACUACAUAGCUUAGGCGCGCGGCAGUUGAUGGCGUUCGGGCUAGGGCCAAUGGGCUGCAUUCCCCUCCAGAGGGUGCUUAGCACAUCUGGAGGGUGUCAAGACAGGACAAACAAACUAGCACUCAGUUUCAAUCAAGCUACAAGCAAAAUGUUAGAGGACGUGUCGAGCAAGCUUCCAAAUGCGAGUUUCAGAUUCGGCGAUGCUUAUGAUGUUGUCAAUGACCUUAUAAGCAACCCCGUCAAACACGGGUUCAACAAUUCCGACUCUCCCUGCUGCUCUUGGGGGAAAAUUAGACCUGCUCUUACAUGUAUUCCGUUGUCAAAAUUGUGCAAAGACAGAAGCAAGUACGUGUUUUGGGACGAGUACCAUCCCACAGAGAGUGCUAAUGAGUUGAUAGCCAAUGAACUCAUUAGAAAGAUGGGAUUAUCGCCAACUAACCUAUCUCCAUCUGCUGCACCUUUUGCGGCUCCAUCUCCACAGGGUUAAUCCCUUGUCAGAAAUCCUAUCAUUGUGUAUGCUGAACAGUGUAAUGGAAUGCGAAUUUCUGUUUGAUUGUAGGCUUUCUCAUUAAUUUAAGAUGAUUCCACAAUGCGAGCUGUUCUUGUUAAUUCA